UGUUGACAUUUGUGUCGACCCUCCCCCUCCACUAGAUGCCAGCGAGGGGUCUGGAGGUGAGUCCCAGCGGGAAACAACAUGGCCAACAGGGGACCCUCCAGAUGCCGGGCGUUGGUAACGGCGGGUAAAUACUUGUCCAAAACGUCACACCAGACAAUAGUCGGCCCCUCGGUACGUUUAUUGAACACCGACGCCUCUGGGGUGGGAGGAAAGGCGGCGGUUUGUGGUCCACCGGAGCUCGGCGGUGCCUGGUCCGCCUCAGCCCCGACCCAAGCCAACAUGAUAUACCGAGAUGUGAAGGCUUUUCUCAGCGACGUUGGCGGGGACCCCCGGGAAGCUCGGUACUGGCUCACACACUUCCUGAGAGCAACUUCCACAAAGUCCCCCUUUGCCGUGCUUGAGGUGGACAGUUCCGUGUUUGACAGCAGGGAAAUGGUUCAGAGCCUGGCCUUUGGACUCUCGUUCCUACAGCGGAUGGACAUGAAGCCUCUAGUGGUGAUGGGCACGUCGGGUUCCCAGAGUGCCGAGGGGCUGGUGGAGCGAUGCCAGCAGCUGACUGAAGUUCUGCAGCAGCAGUCCGCUACUGUUCUGCCCUUCUUCUCUGCUGAGGCCUUCCUGAUGCUGCAUGAAGCUCCACGUGGGAGUAGUGCUCUACCAUCUGUAACCGUUGAUACCAGCCUUCUCCAAUGGAGUCUAAACUGCGGGAUGAUUCCUUUGGUUUGCCCUGUUGAGAAGAAUAAGCAAGGUUGCUCAUUAGUUCUGGACCCAAUGGAGGUUACGGCAGCAAUUUCUCGUGCCUUGCAGCCACACAAAGUCAUAUUCUUGACCAACUCUGGAGGUCUGCGGAACCAGGAGAACAAGGUGCUGGAUACGGUGUCGCUGCCUGGUGACCUCCCUCGCCUGUCUGCAGCACCGUGGCUAAGUGCUGCGGAGCGUCACAGAGUGGUCGGUAUUGCCAGACUGCUCAACCAUCUGCCUACUGAGUCCUCCGCAGUCAUCACCUCUGCUGACACACUGCUGACAGAGCUAUUCAGCCACAAAGGGUCUGGAUCACUCUUUAAAAACAGAGACCCCAUACAUCGGUACAACUCCUUCGAUGGGAUUGAUGUGGACCGUCUUUUGGCUCUCAUCAACAAGACAUUUGACAAAACUCUGCAGAAGGACUACAUCGACUCCCUAAAAGGGCGACUACAUUCUGUCUACCUCUCUGAAGGCUACUCAGCAGCCGCCAUUGUCACCAUGGAGGUGGUGAACACGCCCUACCUUGAUAAGUUGGUGGUGAGCAGCACUGAGCAGGGCCAGGGCACGGGUCACAUCAUGUUGGAGUGUAUCAGGCAAGAUCUGGGUAAACUCUUCUGGAGGUCCAGAACCACCAACAAGGUUAAUCCCUGGUACUUCAAGCAUUGUGAUGGCAGCUUUGCAAAAGGGGAAUGGAUCGUGUUUUGGUGCGGUCUGACGGACAUCCGAGAGUCAUACGAGCUUGUGGAGUAUGCGAAGAAUCUCCGUGACUCCUUCCAUGCCCCCACUCUCACGCCGGCCCAAAACUUGAAAGCAUCCUAAAACUGCUGCUUAGUUUCCCACAAGAGAGAAUCCUGGAUGAAAUAGAUGAAGAAGCCAGGAUCAACGUCAGAGGACCACGGACUGGCGCCAACUCUUAAAGACACGGAACAGCCUCGUGUGAAACAAGG